AUGCAACCAUUGCGUUGGGUGGCGAUACUAUGGUUCUUGUACGCCUCUUUGGCAAUGGCGCAACGCAGGAGCCCAAGCUCGAGGGCGAGCUCAAUAUCUUCUAGAUCAUCUAGGCGCAGUACGUUAUCACGGAACAGAACCGCCUCUACGACCAAGCCAUCUUCGCCGCCUUCGCCGCCCCUGCCCAAGGGCUUCAUGAACCCAUUAGAUACCGGAGGAAGUAUGUUGGGCCAAUACCCUGAUCGUCCAUAUGAGGGCGAGCCGUUGAAUGUGAUCAUCUCCAACACUUCGUCGCCGGAUGUGCUCAAGCCGGAAGGAUUCCUGAUAUGGGCGACGGCCCUUGGCUUCGGUGUCUCUUGUCUUGGUCAAGGUGAUUCCCAGACCAUCAUGUAUGCCAACUUGGGGAAUGGGAAUCGAAAUGUAAAGCAAGGCUCGGAGUCAGGUUUGAAUGGAGUGCUGCGAUGGAACUAUGGAUUCCCUGACGUGGGAACCUGCAAGGAAUCCAUUGUGGGAGGGAAUCAUUUUCGUUGGUUCCAGCAACGGCUACAUAUGGACAGGUCUAUCUUUAUCUCCGUCUCGCUCGAACAAAGCUUAGAAAAUCUGCAUAAUAUCGAACGAGAUGGAUACAAUCGUGGACGUGAUGAUGUGAUUGAGAGGGCUACGAACCCCGAUGGCAUUGAGUGGGAGGGCAACAAGUUCCGCGCCACUGUACAGUGGAUCGACUCAGGAAUCCUCAUGAAUGCCACAUCUAACAACAUCAGCCACGCAGAAAUGGCUGCCAAGGGGCAGCCUGUCGUGGAUGGGCGCGUAGCUGUGCUAUACAUCCAGACAAUCGCACGAUCCGAUGGCGAACCCCCCAAUGCCGCUGCCCACGUGGUGCUGCCCAUUACGGCACUUUGGAGCGUGUUGCUCGGCACGAUGUUGAUUCUUUCCAUGUAG